AUGACCCGCUCAAUCACACGACACCAAGACAAGCUCUUCCUUCCACCUGGAGGUCUCGACUUCGGCUCCAAGGAGAAAAAGACUGGAGUAGUCCAUAUCUAUCUAAAGGUUGGCGAGAACACACCCGGUACGGGCCUCCAUUGGCACGAAACGCAUACCGAGUACCUUGAAGUUGUCCAGGGCUACGCCCUCGUGACAGUCGGAAACCACACCUCGGUAUUCACCAAAGACGACGGUAUCAUCACCAUACCGCGUUAUGCAAUCCACCAGUACAUGCGUGCAGAUAAAACCGAACAGGGAUAUGCGGGGAAAGACGUGGAUCUCAUUGUACGCGAGUGGACAGAGCCUGGUGAUGGAGACAAGGAAAUCUUCUUUCGCAAUAUUAUCAGCUUGAUGAUGGACAAGAAAGACACUUUGCUAGGAACAGGAGACAUGUUGCUGUCGGUUAUGGUGAUUUGUUGGCAUCACGAUAAUUACCCUGUCUUUUGGAAAGGACCCGAGCUCUUGGGAACGGGUGUUCAAGAAAGGGUGAGAAGAGUUGUGACAUACUCUUUGAUGGGAUGCCUUGUUUUCAUAGGUCAGAUAAUUGGAUGUAAGCCUCAAUAUCUAGAAUACACGCCAUAG